AUGGAGGUUACACCCGCACCUCCUGCCUAUGAGCAGGACAAGAUUGCUGAGAGGUAUGACCAGCCUCAGUUUGAAGAGGAGGGUCAGCUCAAGGGCGAGGUCCACGAUGCCUUUGGUAACGAGGAGUACGCCGAGAUCAAGUAUAAAACCUUGAAGUGGUGGCAAUGCGGUCUGCUCAUGAUUUGUGAGUCAGUGUCGCUGGGUGUGUUGUCACUGCCCGCUGCUGUCGCUACCCUGGGUCUGGUCCCGGGUGUUAUUUUGAUUGUUGGACUGGGUCUUCUUGCUACAUACACUGGCUACAACAUUGGCCUAUUCCGUGAACGGUACCCUCAUAUCCAGAACCUCGGCGACGCCGGCGAGAUUCUGCUGGGCAGAGUCGGCCGCGAAGUCUUUGGUAUUGGCCAAUUCCUCUUCUGCAUCUUCGUCAUGGGUAGUCACAUCCUCACUUUCCGUGUCAUGAUGAACACCAUCACCAGCCACGGCACCUGCUCGAUCGUCUUCUCUGUCGUUGGCAUGGUCCUCUCCCUUGCUCUCUCCAUCCCUCGUACCAUGAAGGGUAUGACUUGGAUCUCCUUCGCCUCCUUCAUCAGUAUUUUCUCCGCCGUCAUGAUCACCAUGAUCUCCGUGGGUGUUGAAAGCCACCCUGGCCGCGUCAUUCAGGCCACCGUCGAAAAUGAUCUCUACACUGCCUUCCAGGCCGUGUCCAACAUCGUCUUCGCCUACUGUGCCCACGUCGCCUUCUUCGGUUUGAUCGCCGAAAUGGAGUCUCCCCAAGACUUCAAGAAGUCCCUCUUCAUGCUCCAGGGCUUCGAAAUCUCCCUCUACUUGACUGCCGCCGUCGUGAUCUACUUCUACAUCGGCACAGACGUGCACUCCCCUGCCCUGACCUCCGCCGGACCCUUGAUGAGCAAGAUCGCCUACGGUAUCGCCAUCCCAACCAUCGUCGGUGCGGGUGUUGUCAACGGCCACAUUGGACUGAAGUACAUCUACUUCCGUCUCGGCGCCAAGUCCGGUUUGAUUCACCAGAACAACUGGCGUGCCAUCGGCCUCUGGAUCGGCCUCGGAGUCUCUUGCUGGAUCGUUGCAUGGAUCAUCGCCGAGGCCAUCCCCGUUUUCAGUGACUUGAACGGUCUCAUCAGUGCCCUCUUCGCUUCUUGGUUCUCCUACGGUCUGUCCGGUAUCUACUGGCUGCACUUGAACAAGGGUCAAUGGUUCUCUUCGCCUCGCAAGAUCUUAAUGACCAUUCUGAACGUUGCUAUCGCUCUGUUCGGUCUGAUUCUCUGCGUUCUUGGCCUUUACGCCUCUGGCACUGCUAUCCAUAAUGAUACCAGUAAUGCCAGUUUCACCUGUGCUAACACUGACACCUAA